AAGAGCCUGUUAUUUAGAUUACUUCUAAUUUAAGUUCAGCUGCAUGCAGUUACAACUUGCUUAGAUUGUGGGAACUCUUAAAAUUCAGUUGUUUGUCAGUCAGGCACGAUGUUCUGAAAAUCCAAAUCUUGAUACUGCUUUCAAACAAGAUGCUGACUAGCAAAAAUACUGUCCUGGGAAAACUAUUAGGAUGGAGGUAAAAAUCCUUAGAACUGACUUAGGAAGCAGCAUAAUGAGUAGUAGAAAAAAUGCAUUUCCUGAUUCUGUGGCAAGGCUUUCUUGCAAUAGAUGUUAAUGAUCGUAUUCUUCCUGUACAGUACUCUUAAAGCUGUUUGCAAAGUAUUCUGUGAUGCAUCUUGAAUAUCACUAAUUAAAUGUUAUAGCCUCAUUUUAAUAAUUUUAAGUAGAAUUUUAGGUUAAUGCAGGUUUGUUUUGCUUUAAUGGUUGGUGAGUGUUGUCUGAGGGACUUGUUUUUAGAGUAAGCUUAUAGACUAAGUUUGGUUGGUAGACUGCUAUGGCUUAGCAAAGCUUGAAGCCACUAUGAGAUGAAGAAGGAAAGUAAGGAUGAAAUACAGUGAAAAUAAAAUGUUUUAUCAACCCCUUCCCUCUCCCUGAUCACUGAUAAAUUGUGAAUUCUUUGAAUUCUGUGAUUGGGUUUUUGCUUGUUGUGGUGAGAGAAUUUGAUCCAUAGGAAAAGUCUUAAUUUAUAUUAUGGGGGAAUGUUAGACUGAUACUUGUGUAUCAUGAUGUUUACUUUCAGGAAGCUCUUAAUUAGCUGAGGCUGUUACGUGUUGCAUUGUGUAGUAUUUAUAACACCAGUAGUGGUUAAAGCAAUUUAUUUUGCUAGUUAGAGCUUAACUGCUGAAUUGUUUUCCAGCCUUCUUACCCUUGCACUGCUGCCUAAAUAGAUGAAAACAUUUGAUUUAAGUAAACCUCUGUAUAUUUCAACUCCAUAAGAAUUUACCCCCUGCCAAAGAAGGGGAGUGAAGUACCAAAUUGCUGAAACCUCUGAGAGCCUGAGGAGGAGGUGACCUUAAAUACAGCUCACUGGUAUUUGAAGGAAGCAUCCUUCUUUGAGAAGCGUUUGAGAAGCUGUUGUGUUUGCUGUUAAUGUUCUCCCUCUAAGUGUUCCUUGUAACUGUUGGUGGUUCACUGAACAGCACUUGCACUUUGUUCCAGGGCUUGCUUGGAGUAGCUCAGGGCUGCCCAUCAGAGAAUGUUAAUACAGCUUCAGUAGUGGCAAGCCAAAGGGUGAAACUUCUUUGCAGCCACUCUGAUGGACUUCUAAACCUGUGAGAAUUGGAAAUCUAGGCUCUGCCUCUUGUGAAAAGAGGAUGCAGCUGCUUCCUGAUGCUUGGCUAAUGACAAGCAAGGUGUGUUUGAAUAUGUUGAAGUAACUGGGCAGAAGUUGGAAGCUCAGCUGUUGAAGGGUCCACACAUAUUGGAAUGUGCUUCCCCUGGAGGAAAGGAACAAGCGAUGGGGGAGACUCCAGCCCCCAAGUCUGGGACAAGUAAGGAUGUGCCCACAUCAAACAACAGUGCAAAUGCACUGCUAAAAUAUAAAGAGUGAGCCUUCUCACCACUUCUGACGACUGAGCUCUGUUCUGGAGUUGGAGGUGGGGCUCGUGAGAAGCUGCACAAGGAUCUGGUACAGCCCUGUGUGCUCAGUACUGCUGCAGGCUCUGGGAGAUGCCUGUCCAAGGACGUGGAGCAGUGGUAGCAAGGCCAGAGCUGCCAGGCUUAGAAAAGGCUUGGAAGGUGUUGGAUAGAGGAAAAACCCAAGGCAGGAGAUCCCAUGCCAGCUCUUCACCCUUCAGUGAAAGAAAUGUGUGCCUGGAAGGGAAAUGCUGCGAGAAAUUAGCAUCUUCCUGGAGUGCUCAUGACCCCUCCUUUCCAGAUUCUGUUCCAUUGCUGUCAGGCUGAUGUUCUGGGAUGACAAAACUUAGUUUUUCACUGGUUGCUUGUAAGCCUUGAGCUGACUGAUGUGAGUUCACCACUCUAUAAUGUGAUAAUUCAAAGGUGCUACUCUUGCAUAUUUCCAUUUCACAAAAGUCAGUACAAGCUGAAUCUGAAUCUGGAAGGGGUAGAAAUAGAUUUACUUAUUUAUUCCUUCAUGGUGACCAAGGCCUACUGGAAAGUGUCAAGUGUUUUUCACAGAGUGCUCAACGCUCAUCCUUUACAGUUUUUAAAUGCUCAGAAAAAGAAAUUAUCUCCUGUUUUUGCUUUGAGGUAAGUGCUGAUGCAGGGCUAAAGGUCAGAUUGUAACUUUUGCCCAGAAGCAGAGCAACCAAGGAGUAAUAGUGCUGUAAAACAGGAGCUGGAGUGGUAACUUGAAUAUUUGGCCUGAGUCUAUUUAAAUUCCACUGUUAGAUUCCCGUUUGCUUGUCAAGAGCUCUAAGAUAUGCUUACCUUUGGCUGUUCCUUCUAACAAGUGGUGCUCUUAAGGUGUGCGGGGGAAGCACUUGUGUUAAAAAAACCCUUAACUUAGAACUGGGGAGCAAUUGCUUUCUUUUACUUUUUUUUCCUUUUUUAUGGAGCUGUGUAGUUGCUAGAAUAAUACAUUUCUGAUAAAGUUUGUAUGUGUAUUUAUCUGCUACUCUGAGAUAAAAAUCUUUUAGUUGAGUAAUGAGUUGGUCCUCACUCAUUAUAUUGAGCACUUCAGCAAAUACCAGGUUACUGGAUUACUAAGCCUUAGUUGUUCCUCUUUUAGCUGUUGGGAGCUGAAGUAAAGUUGAUGUUAUCACAUGAAACUUCACAACAUUGGUAAACUAAAAUGGAGUGAAUUUAUGCUUCUUGCCAUGCUAAUGGAUCUGGUGUUGAAGUUUGGAGAACUUGGCAUUCUGUUCCUUUGAAGCUGGAUGUGUGUGGAGAGGACACUGAGGUACUUGGUGUUAGUAUCCCUGUGUAGCAUCCUAACUUGCUGUCCUGGAGACAACUGAGGUUACUGAACUUGGCUAUAAUUUUUACUGACUUUGGUAGCUGUUUUUACUUUGUUCUGCUAAAUUAUUAUUAAAAUGCCAUGGUAAAAACACAGAAAAUGAUGCUGCUCAGCGUUGACUAUGUAGUGUUUGUAUACACCAUCCCUCAUGCUGUUAUGAAAGAUGUUUUCCCUUCAGCAUGCUUUGAUUAGUAUUUAGUAGGGAUGUAGCAGGAUGUUCAGAAGAUGAUGAGGCUAAGGUUUUAGUAAGUAGUUGUACAAGUUGAAUGUGGACAGGAGGUAGCUGCUAAGUAACAAUGCAAAUACAAUGACAUCAUCCACUUUCAUGGCUGUUUGUCUCAAUUUCAAAGUACUUCUUAAAAGGAACUGAUAUCUGCAAGCUCUGGAAAAGCUUCCUCACUUGUCCAUCUCUAAAGGAAAACACCAUCGAUGAGAGAAUGAACUGUCAGAAUUUAUUCCUAUGAACUGUUUUCACUACCAAAGAACAUCUCCUUGGAAUGUCUGAAGUCCAUAUGGCUAUGUAUGAUGAAGAUAUCUUGAAAAAUCCCUUUUAUUUGGCCAUUCAGAAGCGACGUCCUGAUCUAUGCAGCAAAGUUGCAGAACUCCAUGGUAUUGUGCUAGUUCCAUGCAAAGGAAGCCUUUCAAGCAACAGUCUUUCAUCCUGCCAGUUUGAAUCUUAUGUUCUGAAGCCUCUGGAAGAAAAUUUUCAAACCUUAAAUGGAAAGGAGAUCUUCAUACAAGGAAACCUCAUCAUUCUAGGAGCUGGUUUUAAUUACACUCUCUCAGUACCUGUUCUCUUUGAGGAAACGUUUUACAAUGAAAAAGAAGAAAGCUUUAGUAUACUGUGCAUAGCUCAUCCAUUGGAAAAAACAGAGAGCUCAAGUGAAUCUACAGCUUCAUCAAACUCCUAUUCUCUUAAAAACAUUGAAGAUGCUAGAGAGUUCUUGGGAAGGCACUGUGAGAGAUUUGAUAAAUACAUAGGAUCUUUCUAUAGAACAUUUAAGGAACACGAAAGGAAAAGCCUCCGCCACUACAUAGAUUCUGUCAAUGCACUUUAUACCAAAUGUCUGCAGCAUCUUUUGAGAGAUUCACACCUGAAGCUGCUUGCAAAGCAAGAAGAGCAGAUGAAUCUGAUCAAACAAGCAGUUGAAAUGUAUAUCCAUCAUGCUAUUUAUGACCUAGUCUUCAAAUAUGUGGGGACGAUUGAGGCGAGUGAAGAUGCUGAUUUUAAUAAAAUCACAAGGAGCCUUCAAGACCUGCAGCAAAAGGACAUUGGAGUGAAGCCUGAGUUCAGUUUUAAUAUACCACGUGCAAAGCGAGAGCUGGGGCAGUUGAACAAAUGCACUUCCCCUCAACAGAAGUUGCUUUGUCUGCGUAAAGUUGUACAAAUUAUCAUGCAGUCUCCAAGCCAAAGAGUUAAUGUGGAAACCAUGUGUGCAGAUGAUCUUCUCUCUGUUUUGCUGUAUUUGCUUGUAAAAACAGAAAUCCCAAACUGGAUGGCCAACCUGAGUUACAUAAAGAACUUCAGGCUUUGCAGCUCGGUGAAGGAUGAGCUGGGGUACUGCCUGACCUCCAUCGAGGCUGCAAUAGAGUACAUCCGGCAGGGCAACCUCUCUGACAGACCAACAGAAUCUGAGAGUCUGUGUGACAAGCUGCUCUUAAGACAAAGGAUGAACUUGUUGUCCCAGAUGUCUGCUGCACCAAUAGACUGCUUGUUUAAGCAUAUUGCUUCAGGUGAUCAGGAGGAAGUGGAGCGGCUGCUAAGUCAAGGUGACAGUGAUAAGGACACUGUACAGAAAAUGUGUCACCCGCUGUGUUACUGUGACAAAUGCGAGAAGCUGGUUUCUGGGAAACUGAAUGACCCUUCCAUUAUCACUCCCUUUUCCCGAGAUGACCGGGGGUAUACUCCACUUCAUAUAGCUGCUAUUUGUGGUCAAACUUCAUUAGUGGAUUUGCUGGUAGCCAAAGGAGCCAUUGUCAAUGCCACAGAUUACCACGGUUCAACUCCCCUUCACCUCGCCUGUCAGAAGGGAUACCAGAAUGUUACACUGCUCUUAUUGCACUACAAGGCAAGUACUGAUGUUCAGGACAAUAAUGGAAAUACUCCACUUCAUUUAGCCUGCACUUAUGGUCAUGAGGAUUGUGUCAAGGCUUUAGUGUACUAUGAUGUGCACUCCUGCAGGCUGGAUAUUGGCAAUGAGAAGGGAGACACUCCUCUGCACAUUGCUGCUCGCUGGGGCUAUCAGGGCAUCAUUGAAGUGCUCUUGCAAAAUGGAGCAAACCCAGAAAUUCAGAACCGCAUGAAAGAGACUUCCCUGCAGUGUGCAUUGAAUUCCAAGAUUUUGUCAUUGAUGGAAGUAAACUACCUGACAUUUGAAAGAGGACAGAGUGCUUCAGAGUCACCCCUUAGGUCUCCUCAGCACUCAACAGAAACUUUCAGCAGAGGAUCAUCUGUCUCAAGCCUGUCAUCAGCAUCAACUGAUCUAAGGCAAGAAGAAGGAAAAAACAGUUAUAAAGAGGUGGAAAAGCUCCUGAGAGCAGUUGCUGAUGGAGAUCUGGAAAUGGUCCGUUAUCUCUUGGAAUGGGUGGAAGAAGACUUGGAAGAUGAGGAUGACACAGCCAGUACAUCAAAACCAGAAUUCUGCCAUCCAUUAUGCCAGUGCUCAAAAUGUGGGCCAGCACAAAAGAAGCUUUCCAAGAUCUGUGCCAACGGGCUGGGGGUGAAUGUUUCCAACCAGGAUGGUUUCACCCCGCUGCACAUGGCUGCCCUGCACGGGCACGGCGAGCUGGCGUCGCUGCUGCUGCGCCACGGCGCCAGCGCCAGCGCCAGGAACGCGCAGCUGGCAGCUCCCCUGCACCUGGCCUGCCAGAGGGGACACUCGCAGGUGGUAAAGUGUCUGAUGGAUUACAAUGCUAAACAAAAUAAAAAAGAUAUAUAUGGAAAUACUCCCUUAAUUUAUGCAUGCUUGAAUGGUCACUAUGAGACUACUGCCCUGUUGCUGCAGCACGGAGCCUCGGUGAACCUCUGCAACGCCCAGGGCAGCACGGCCCUGCACGAGGCCGCAGCGCGCAGCAGCGAGGCGCUGGUGGCAUUGCUGCUGCAGCACGGCGCCCUGCGGCACCUGCGCAACCAGCGCGGCUGCACCCCCGCCGACUGCGCCGAGCCCAAUUCAAACAUCAUGAAGUUGCUGGAAGCAGCACCAAGCUGUGUCCCCACAUCAGCAGAGGCAGAGAAGGAGAGUGAGCAGCACGUUACUGGCAAGAUAAGGAAAAAAGUGCAUCCUAAGCCCUGUGAGGAAGCCGAUGAUCCCAUAAACAGACAACUUCAACUGGUCCAAUCAAUUAACAGAUUUAACAAAGAAAAACACUUACGGAAAACAAUAACAAGAGACAAAAGUGUCCCUAAUUUUGACUAUCACUUACUGCACCAGAUGGCUAUUAAAAGCUUUGAUAAAAGCAAAUUAAAAUCUGUUGGAAUGCUGGAGCAGAGCACAGGCCAGGUGCCUGACUCGGGGUGCAGUGGUGAGUUAGUGGAGGAUGCUGCCAGGAGCAGAUUGCUGCAGCGCAGACACACGGUCAACGUGGUCAGCGUGGGCAGCGCCGGGGGCUCCUGCAGCCCUGCAGAGCCCGCGGUGCCACAGCCCCAGGACCAGCACAAUUCAGCCUCACAUCACUGAAGGCAGCACGGAUCUGCAGCCCGCAGCUGAGCAAGCUGGUGGUGUGAAUUUCAGAAGCCCUUCCCUGUGUGUUGCUGUCAGUGACAUUCACACACCCCGGCUCAGAGCAGGCACAGGCUCUGCAGCACAGCUGGAAUGUUCUGGCACCCUGGGGCCUGACUCCUCUGUUCAUGCUGGAGGUGACCACACAGCCAGGUCAUUACUGAUCUCACUAACAGGGACACAACGAGAUGAAGACAGCAAAACGACUUUCCUAUUCUAUUCAGCACUUGUUAAAAAGUUCUAUGUAACAGUAAACCAAAUGAAACCCUGUAUUUUAUUUUUCAGCUACCCACUUUGUUUUAAAAGUCUUUGAAUAAUUUUUGCAUUUUCAGUUUUUAUCACUACAUUCAGAAUAUAAAUAUAUUUGUAUAUAUAAAAAGAUAUAUUGGAUAACAAGGUAUUUAUUGCCAGAGGUAAUUGAAAUGUCUCUAUUUUUACUGUAAUGUUACAAACCAUUAUAAUAUAUAUUUGUGUAUAUUUCAGUAGCUGGGCAAACAAUAAUCCAUAACAUCUCCUUUACUAAUGUGAAGGGAUGUAAUCCUUUCUAAUAUCUCAGCAAUGCUCCCCUGCACUGGAGCUGCAAGAUCAAGUUCUUACAGAGGAGCCAAGAUACUGGAGAAAAAGUGGAGAGCCCUUGUCAAAGCUGAACUUUGGACUCACUGUUCACAGCCUCAUAAAAAAGCAGAAGCAAGCACAAGGUGCUUGCUUGUGUUUCAUUGUAGCAUGCAUUUAAGUUGCUUUUCCCCUACUCUAAAGUAAGUAAUGCAAAAAUGCACAAAUAUUCACAAUUCUGAUCCUGGGCAACAUCCACAGCCAAAACUGCUUCAGAGCCUGCUCUGGACUGCUUUAAAAAGGUGACAUUGCCAUUAUGAAAGGUACCUCUCACAUCAAUGAGCACUGGCUGGAAUAGGCCAAAUCCUGCCCCGUUCCCAGGGGUGAUCCCUGAAGAACUGAGAGCUGACAGGGAACUACCAAGUGGCUGCUUGGAUUUGAACUUCAUUUUCUACUGUUCGGUUAAGGGAGGACAAGCUGUAAAUAGCACAAGCCAGGUUUUGCAGUGCAGUAUUUUUUUAUUCUUGGCUCAUCACAUCCAGCUUGCAUUUUAUUUGUAUAGAUAAUUCUCUUUCUUUUAACUGUGGUAUUAGUAAACUGCCAAAAUACAAAGCUGGAAGAUAGUGCUGGGUUUUUCAGAUAACUUUUUAAUCUAAGAGGUAAAAUGUCAAAUGACAUUUGGAUUUGAGGAUAAUGUGUUUAUUUUUCUAAUAAUUUAUGAGUUCAUCUGAUUUUCUGAUGUGCCUUGGAUUUGUGCCAAAUGAUGGGAAGAAAAAACUAGUAAAAGAACUCUUGCAAA